AUGACCGGUAGGGCACGAGCAAGAGCACGAGGCCGAGCACGUGGUCAAGAGACUGCAGCUCCAGGAGCGAUCCGGCCUCAAGAGCCUGCACCACCGGCUCCCCCUCCUGCAGAGGGAGGGGAUUUGGUUGGUAGAGGGAGGCAGAAAGGUGACCCAGGACCAUUCUCUGCAGGAACUGUUCUACAGAUUUCAGCUGGAUUUCAACAGGUGAAGCUGGGAGAAAGAGGUGGACGCCGCAGGGAUUUUCACGAUGAAGGGGUCAAUACCAGACAGUUGAUGGAGCAUGUGAAGGAGUCCAAGUCUGGAACAACCGGCACUCCCAUUCAGUUGACAGCAAACUUCUUUCGCAUCCUGUCCCGCCCUCAGUGGGUUUUAUAUCAGUACCACGUGGACUUCAAACCGCCAAUGGAGUCUCGACGCCUGAGAUCUGCCCUCCUGUUCCAGCAUGAGGAGACACUUGGCGCAGCAAGAAGCUAUGAUGGAGCUAUGCUUUUUCUGCCUCACAGGUUGCACAACAAGGUGACUGUGCUGCAUAGUGUGACCAGGAAUGGAGAGAAGGUUCAGAUAACUGUCACCCUGACAAAUGAACUACCACCCACAUCACCAGUGUGCAUUCAGUUUUACAAUAUCAUAUUCAGAAGGAUCCUGAGAAUUCUCAACAUGCAGCAGAUUGGACGCAACUACUACAACCCCGGUGAUCCACUCAACAUCCCACAGCACAAACUUACCAUCUGGCCAGGCUUCACUACUACAAUCUUGAAGUAUGAGUCAGCCAUUAUGAUGUGCACUGACGUGAGCCACAGGGUGCUACGUAGUGAGACAGUCCUCGACAUUAUGGCCAAUCUGAGGCAGCAAUGUGGAAUUCAGCGUUUCCCUGAGAUAUGUGCUAAGGAGCUUAUCGGGCUCAUAGUCCUCACCAAGUACAACAACAAAACCUACAAGAUUGACGAUAUUGCAUGGGAUCACACUCCCAACAACACUUUCAAGAGGGGAGACACAGACAUUUCCUUCAGAAACUACUACAAAACUCAAUAUGGCCUAGACAUCUCAGAUGGGAACCAGGUCCUGCUGAUCAGCCAUGUGAAGAAGAUGGGUCCUUCUGGAGGUCCUCCUCCUGGCCCGGCCAUGCUCGUCCCAGAGCUGUGCUAUCUUACAGGCUUGAGUGAUAAGAUGCGAGCUGACUACAGGAUCAUGAAGGAUUUGAGCACCCACACGAGACUGACCCCAGAUAAGAGGGAGGAACGGCUAAAUAGAUUCGUCACUCAUAUACAGAAGGACUCUGACGCACAGGCAGAGUUGGAUAAGUGGGGACUCAGCUUUGAUGAGCAACUUCUACAUCUAACUGGCAGAGUCCUUCGAGGAGAGACGAUUUUCCAGGGAUCGAAAUCGUAUGAGUACAACCCAAUGACAGCUGACUGGUCCAGAGAAAUGCGUGGGCUGGCCCUGAUGCAGUCUCCUCCGCUGAAUAACUGGCUCAUGUUUCACACCCGUCGUAACCACAACGAAGCCCAGUCUCUUGUCCAGACGCUCAGCAGAGUUUCAGGUCCACUGGGUCUCCGCAUACAGAGACCUGUUGUGGUUGAAUAUGACGAUCAUCAAGAGUCUCUCCUCAGAGCUCUGCAACACAAUGUUGGACCCCAAAUACAGAUGGUGGUGGUAGUCCUCUCGAGCAACAGGAAAGACAAGUAUGACAGUGUUAAGAAGUACCUCUGUGUGGACUGUCCUACUCCCAGCCAGUGCGUGGUGUCCCGUACGCUCAGCCGGCCUCAGGCACUCAUGACUGUUGCUACAAAGAUUGCACUGCAAAUGAGUUGCAAGAUGGGAGGGGAACUCUGGAGCGUUGACAUCCCUCUCAAACAGCUGAUGAUUGUCGGUAUUGACUGUUACCAUGACACCACUGCUGGGAAAAGGUCCAUUGGGGCUCUAGUGGCCAGCCUCAACCAGAGCAUGAGCAGGUGGUUCUCAAAGUGCGUGCUGCAGCACAGAGGCCAGGAAAUUAUGGAUGGGCUGAAAAUGGCCUUAACUGCUGCACUGAAAGACUAUCUGAAGUUCAAUAACUGCCUGCCUUCACGCAUCAUUGUGUACCGAGAUGGAGUGGGAGACGGCCAGCUGCACAGCGUGGUCAACUAUGAGGUUUCACAGAUCAUGGAUUCCAUCAAGUCCAUCGGGCAGGACUAUGUGCCCAAGCUGACUGUGGUGGUAGUGAAGAAGCGCAUCAGCGCCCGCUUCUUCUACCACAAAAAUGGCACCGUGUUCAACCCUCCCCCAGGCACUGUCAUUGACACAGACGUCACCCGGCCAGAGUGGUAUGACUUCUACAUCGUGAGUCAGGCUGUUCAAACAGGAAGUGUCUCGCCAACCCACUACAAUGUCGUGUACGACACCAGUGGACUGAAGCCUGAUCAUAUGCAGCGGCUUACCUACAAGCUGUGCCACAUGUACUACAACUGGCAGGUAAGUUGGAACAAAUGUGUUCCUAGAUAA